GCGCGCUAUAAAAGGUUGCGACGCCACGGCCUGGCACCGCUGCCCUCGCCGCUGUGUGCUGACACCACAAAGGCAUUGCCAUGACGACCCAGGCCAUGGACACGCUGGGGCAGUUCAAGAUCACGGUGUGGGAGGAGGAAAACUUCCAGGGCAAGCGCUGCGAGUUCCUCGUGGAGUGUCCCGGCAUCCUGGAGCGCGGCUUCCGCAAGAUCCGCUCCAUCAAGGUGGAGAACGGCCCCUGGGUGGGCUUCGAGUACCCCGAGUUCCAGGGGCAGCAGUUCAUCCUGGAGAAGGGCGACUACCCGCGCUGGGAGGCCUGGAGCGGGAGCAGCGGGUACCGCACUGAGCAUCUCCUCUCCUUCCGGCCCAUCAAGUGUGCGAACCACAACGACAGCAAAGUGACCCUCUACGAGGGCGAGAACUUCCAGGGCCGCAAGUUCGAGCUGAGCGACGACUACCCCUCGCUGCAGGCCAUGGGCUGGGGCACCAAGGAGGUGGCGUCCAUCAAGGUCAACUCCGGAGCGUGGGUGGCCUACCAGUACCCCGGCUACCGGGGCUACCAGUACAUCCUGGAGCGCGACAAGCAGAACGGCGAGUUCAAGAAGUACAUCGAGUACAGCAGCCAGGCCCACACCAACCAGAUCCAGUCCAUCCGCCGCGUCCAGCACUGAGCCACCGCCAGGCCGGACCCCCCCCCGCCCCCCCUCCGACGCCCCCACGCCUGCCCUGCGAGUGACCAGCUGUACCUGGUAGCGAAUAAAGGCAUUCGUCAAACAA